AUUCUUUUCUAGUGGAAUCUGCAUGUUACGAACAUCAAUGUAACCAAAAAGUCAAAACCAUACAUCUUUUGCAAUCUUUGUUUCAAUAUACGUGUUACACUCGAGAUUAAUGCUCCUUCUUUAUAGGCGCAGCCAAAAACAUUGCGUUAAUAAACACAAACAAAUACAGAGCGACAGGAAUAUAGCUUUACGAGAGUCUGUGCGUAAGGCAUUUAGCCUUUGUCUUUAUGUUCUUGAUCUCUUCAAUUCUGGGAUUCUCAGUGGUCAGUUUUUAGCCCAUCUUUUGGAAUUUGGAAUUUGGAGAUUGGAGAACAGAAUCUUUGUGGAUAAAUAAAUUUUCUCCAAUUUCAGCUUCUGAAAGUUUGGUUCUUUGGGGGGCUGAAUUCUUCCAGUCUUGAGCUCUGGGUGUUGUUGAGGUUUGGAGAUAAGUUUUAUCAUCGUACUAGAAGCAUCAAAUUAAAGGUACUUUUUUUUUUUUUUUUAUAAAAAAGGUUGCUUCUUUGGAUUAAAUUCAUCUAAACUGGAAACCCCAUUAAUUUUCCCUAGGGAUUUUUGUUGAAGUUUAUAAAAACAGAGAAUUUGGUGUGUUGAUUUAGAGUUAGUGGUGUUGAAAAGUGGAGAAACAGAGUAGUUUGAGAGGUGUAAGAAUGGAGAAACAGCAGAGUUUUGGAAAUGGGGUUAUGGAAAAACAGAAGAGUUUGAAAGAGAGGCAAAAGAGCAUUAGGAUAGCAAUGGAGAGGCAGGUGAGCUUUGGUGUUGAGAGAAAAAGAGGGAAGGAUUCUCCUGGGAAACGAGGCGAUACGCCUCUUCAUCUCGCUGCUCGAGCAGGGAAUUUAGCUAAGGUGAUACAAAUUCUUAACAAGUUGAAUGGUAUAGCCAUAAAAGAAUCAGUAUCAAAGCAGAACCAGGAGGGUGAGACAGCUUUAUAUGUUGGUGCUGAGAAUGGUCAUGCCAUGGUUGUUGCAGAAUUUCUCAAACAUAUAGACCUCCAAACCGCCUCCAUUGUCUCCAACAAUGGCUAUGAUACCUUCCAUGUUGCCGCUAAGCAGGGUCAUCUUGAAGUGCUGAAGGAACUCUUGAACGUUUUCCCGAAUCUAGUGAUGACUACAGAUUCGUCCAAUUCUACAGCCCUGCAUACUGCCGCGGGUCAAGGCCAUGUUGAAGUUGUAAACUUGCUUCUUGAUAUUGACUCGAACCUUGCUAAAAUAGCUCGCAACAAUGGGAAGACGGUGCUCCACACAGCAGCAAGAAUGGGUCACUUGGAAGUGGUGAAAUCCCUUUUAAGCAAGGAUCCCGGUAUUGGGUUCAGGAUGGACAAGAAAGGCCAAACCGCUUUGCACAUGGCUGUGAAGGGGCAAAAUGUUGAUAUUGUGGUUGAAUUAAUGAAACCAGAUCCAAAGGUACUGAGUUUAGAAGAUAACAAGGGAAACACAGCACUCCAUACUGCAACGAGGAAGGGACGGGCUCAGAUUGUUGGGUGCUUAGUAUCUGUUGAGGGUAUGAAUAUGAAUGCAGUUAACAAGGCAGGAGAAAGUGCUCUUGACAUUGCAGAAAAGCUUGAAAGUGGAGAGAUUUCAAGUAUUUUAAGGGACGCGGGAGCUGUGCAUUCUAAAGAUCAUGGGAAGCCUCCGACUCGGAGUGGUGCAAAACAACUCAAACAAACCGUUAGUGACAUAAAGCACGAUGUUGAAUCCCAACUUCAGCAGAGCCGACAGACUGGGUUCCGUGUUAGAAAGAUAGCAAAAAAAGUGAAGAAACUACACAUCAGUGGCCUUAACAAUGCCAUAAACUCUUUAACAGUCGUCGCUGUCCUGAUUGCUACCGUUGCUUUUGCUGCAAUCUUCACUGUGCCAGGCCAAUAUGUUGAAGAGGAAACCACCAAAGGGUUUUCUCUCGGGGAAGCCCACAUAGCCAAAAAGGCAGCUUUCAUAGUCUUCUUCUUGUUUGACAGCAUUGCAUUAUUCAUAUCCAUAGCUGUUGUGGUUGUCCAGACAUCCUUGGUUGUGAUUGAACAAAAGGCGAAGAAGCAAAUGGUGUUUGUAAUAAACAAGCUGAUGUGGGCAGCUUGCCUCUUCAUCUCAAUCGCGUUCAUCGCCCUUACUUAUGUGGUGGUUGGAUCUCGGGAAAGAUGGCUUGCCAUCUAUGCAACUGCAAUAGGGGGCGUUAUAAUGCUAACUACAAUUGGGUCCAUGUGUUACUGUGUGGUUCGACAUCGGUUGGAAGAGUCGAGGAUGAGAAAUAUAAGGAGAGCUGAGACGUUGUCACGUUCUUUUUCAAUGUCCAUGGUAUCAGAUCCAGAGCUUUAUAAUGAAAGCUACAAGAGAAUGUAUGCUGUAUAGGCUGGAGGAAAAAAUUGAAGAAUGUUAGUUACUAUUUUGAUAAUGAAACCUUCAAUUUUUUAUAAUCUGAUCUCAUAGGUACAACAAGGUUCAAAUGGCUGAUAUGUUGUAGUUACUAUUUUGAUCCAUUGUCUAUUCCCAAGUAAAGGUUGUAAAGUUACAAUCACAUUACUAUAUAAUA